ACUAAUGUCAAACAAGCGACGUGUUCCAGCUGGCGGAGAUGCUUUUGAGACUCAUGACACUAUUUUUAGAGUUGUUUCAGCAAAAAAUAUCCUAUUGAUUUACAUUUUAUGGAAUAUGAUUCUAGCAUCUUUAUUUCUGGUCUUGAAGUUAUGCAUUGAAUCAUCGAUCAGUAUAUUAUUUUCUCUUCCUUUUGUUUCCACUUGUUUCAUUUUCAUAUUCUCGCUCAGAAUGAAAUCCAAACAAAUUUUUGGAGUUUUAGCAGUUUAUACGAUAAUUUCGCUUUUGAACACAAUUUUCAAAAUGAGUGUUGGAUUAAGUGAUGGUGAUUGGUGGGAGAGAUGUUUUGUGGGUUCUGUGGAGACCUUUCAUUCGAUUAUCACAAUAUUGCAUUCAAUUUUCCAAUUUUUCAUCUCAAUUAUAUUAAUUCGAAUGAGUUUUUGGGAAAUGGAUGCAAGUUGCUGCUGUUGUCACUGUUGUGUCCUGUGUUGCUGGUGUUGCCCGUAUUUUAAAAAUGAUGAAAACGAGGAAAGAAGUCAUGUUUCAAAGUGUUCCAGCUUUUCUGAAUAAACAAGAACUUUAUAAUCUCAAA